AUGAACAGCAAAGAGGGUGGGGAGCGUCUUGCUAUUGCGACACCCCCUGAGCGAACCACAGCCCUUGAUGCCAUCAACAUCACACGCCUGGCGCCGUACCUAUCGGCACAUAGUGCCAUCACCCGCCAGAAAUGGGACGGUCGACACGUGUUAUUGUUGCCGUUUCGCGAGGAGCAGAGCGAACUGACAAAGGCUGUCGCUGCCCUCAGCCCUAAGGAUGCGAAAGAAACAGUUGCCUUUGCCCAUCUGGCAGUCAACAAAGCCAUCACUCAGCGGUAUGUGGUCAAUGCCGACCAGCAAGACGCCCGUGCGACGAAUUCGAUCACCUACCGCGGCCUUACUGGCCCUGAUCAGUUUGCCUCUCUGGCUCGAACAUUUACGGGCCACUUUCACAGCCACCAGACCAUUACCCAGCAGAAAUCCAGUAGCGGUGACAAGACAGAUCUUCGGGGGAGCAUUACAUAUCUCGGCUCGCCCUUGCAGCUGAACUGGGCCGACCUUUACGAUCAAGAGCGAGGCGUUGUUCUGCUUGAUCCGGAGACGCUCGAGCACAAACUUCUCACCAACCCGCAUGCCGUAGGCUAUACAGCAGUUGCCCUUGAGGAGAUUCUCAACGACCAGCCCACUCAGGAUGAGGCUCAUGAAGCUUCAACCACCGGGAGAGUUUCAGAGUCUAUCCCUCAAACUGAGCCUGAGUCCAGGGAGAUUGCUCUUGACCUCAUAGCCGAAGUUCACGAGUAUGUCAAGUCUGUGGAUUUAGGGGAACCGCUUCUCAUGCGGCAAGACGAUUUGGUCCAGGUUGGCCAACAAAUGAUUCAAACCUCUUAUGAGAUGGCUGACCAGUAUGGCGAGGCCAAGCUUGAUUAUCAAGAGUUCCUAGCAAAGUCGUGUCAAGCCAUCUCCUCAAAUAUUACGCCCCCCAACCCAGCAGGACGAUCUGCCAACGUCUUUGUUGCGGAACCUCGCAGCCUCACGAUUACAAACUUUCUUGGCGUAAAGGACACAAUUCAUAUCGACUUCCAACAAGAUCUCACACCGGGAUUGACCUUUCUGAUCGGCGAUAAUGGUUCAGGGAAGAGUACAAUAAUGGAAGCUAUGGUUUGGUGUCAAUUUGGUCGAUGUAUUCGUGGCGGGCUCGGGGUCAACGAUGUCGUCAAUGAUAACGUCGGUAAGGACUGCUGUGUCAAGCUGGAGUUUAACAACGGAUAUGCCAUCACUCGGUAUCGCAAACACAAAGUCCAGGGCAACCGUGUUGUCGUCUCCUCACAUGGAAACCCCCUUCCGCAGUUUGAGCACCCAGAUAUGCGCACGACACAAUCAGCAAUUAACGAACUGCUCGGAACUGACUACGAAACAUACAUCAGAACUGUUGUGCUGAGCGAAGAGAGCGCAGCGAGCUUCUUUGUCCUCCACGCCAACGCAGCGGCGGAACGUGAUAGAGACGGCACUUGGGCUGUCUACUUUGGAUCAGUGUGA